ACUCCACGAGACGCAUCCGAAGAGUCGGGUUGCUUGGGAGUGCAGCCCCAACAUGGGUGGUAAGCUCCAUCCAAGGCUAAAUACGGCCAGGUUUCCGAUAGCGAACAA